UCACAGAAAUUUAAAGAGAUAGAAAAAUAUGGGAGUGCACUUAGGCAACUAUUGUUAUGUGAUGAUAAUAGUGUUGGUAUUGGGAAAAGAAGUGAGAAGCCAGUCUUUAAAAAAUGGUUAUUAUUCAUCUUCAUGUCCAAGAGCUGAGUCCAUAGUAAGAUCCACUGUUGAAUCUCACUUUGAUUCUGAUCCCACCAUCUCUCCUGGCUUGCUAAGGCUUCAUUUCCAUGACUGUUUUGUCCAGGGUUGUGAUGGAUCAGUUUUAAUCAAAGGAAAAUCUGCGGAGCAAGCAGCUCUAGCUAAUGGUGGUCUUAGAGGGUUCGAAGUGAUAGAUGAUGCGAAAGCACAACUCGAGUUAGAGUGCCCAGGAGUUGUGUCAUGCGCCGAUAUACUUGCACUUGCUGCUCGUGACGCUGUUGACUUGAGUUCUGGACCAAGCUGGCGAGUUCCAACGGGUCGUAAAGACGGUAGAAUCUCGUUGGCAUCGGAAGCAUCGAGUCUACCUUCACCAUUUGACUCCGUUGCAGUUCAAAAGCAAAAGUUUGAAGCUAAAGGGUUGGAUGCUCAUGAUCUAGUUACUCUACUUGGUGCACACACAAUAGGACAAACGGACUGUCUCUUUUUCCGUUACCGUUUAUACAACUACACGGUGACCGGAAACUCGGACCCAACCAUAAGCCCAUCGUUUCUUACGCAGCUCAAGACUCUUUGUCCUCCCAAGGGAGACCCAUCGAAACGCGUUGCUCUUGACAUUGGCAGUCCAUCAAAAUUCGAUGUAAGCUUCUUCAAGAACCUAAGAGACGGUAACGGCAUUUUGGAGUCGGACCAACGGCUUUGGUCGGACUCCGAGACAAAUGACGUGGUGAGGAAGUAUGCGAGUACUAUUAGAGGUUUGUUAGGGUUAAGGUUUGAUAAGGAGUUUGGUCAAGCUAUGGUUAAGAUGAGUUCCAUUGAGGUAAAGACAGACGUUGAUGGUGAGGUCAGGAAAGUUUGCUCUAAGAUCAACUAUUGAGUAGAACAUAUAAUAUAUAAAUAAUACCAAAUGCAUGGUAGCAAGGAGUGCUUUGUAUAAAUGUCGACAAGUUCGACCCUCAUGCUUGUAUGUUUAACUUCUCAUCA